GUUGCCCCGCAUUUACUCCAGGUUUUCACCUUUUUGUUACCUGAUGUAGGUGUUACCUAAUUCCGUUCAGAUUCCUGUUUAAACUGACGUAAAAUUGCCACAUCACAUUCUUCCUGUCGGUGCCAUGGACCCGAAAAUACAACCCCAGCUAUGUCUCUCAUGGAGUCGACACGUCCCUAUCCGCGUGGAGACCGUCCAACCCCUGGACCCCCGUCGCGAAGUGUAUCGCCUGAACCUAGAAACAUGCCAGGAAUUACACGGUCUUCCGACUGUUGUCAUCAUCAAAAAAAUGAAAGAUGAUUGGCACGAUGAAUUCAAACAAGAGAUCCACGCCUAUGAGCGAUUGAAACCCCUGCAAGGAUCGGUUAUCCCCGUGUUUUUCGGCCAAGCGACGUUCAACGAUAGUCCGGUUCUCGUCCUUUCCGAGGUGGUUGGGAAAACACUCCAGGACCUUGCCCAUAGCGGGCUUCCGAUCUCUUUGAAGGAGCUUCAACGGAAGCUUGAGAAAGCCAUGAGGCUGCUGCAUGCGUAUGGCGCGGAGUAUUUGGACCAGCGACUGGACAACUUCUUUCUCUGUGAUGGUACCGGUGAAGUCAUGGUUGUUGAUUUGGAGCAGGUCGAGUUCCCGGGGGAUCUUGAGGAUUGGAAGCACAGUGUGAAUUAUGGGGGGGGUGGGCUCUCUUUUAUAUCUAUUCAAUGAUAUCAGAGAAAGAAAGAGUGGUCGGAGCAAUAGCGUCUACCCUUUGACAUGGCGCCGACAGGCGGCUGUAGAACCCCGGAACGGAUUAAAUCUCUACCCACGAGGAGGUAGGUACCACUCCGUACCAUCAAUAUAAAGGCUAAUUCUAGCUAAAAAGGAAUAAGUAAAUACUAGUACUCC